CAUUGGCCUUCUCGGCCACAAGCGCACUGCUGCAAGACCUUGCUGUCCUUCAGCCCCCCAGGUCCUUCUCCACAGAGCUACUCUCCGGCAGAUCACCCCAGCUCCUCCCGGUGGUGAGGCUAUUCCUCCCCCAGCUGCAGGACCCUGAAUUUCAGGCUUUUCUCUGCCAUCCCUCCAGCCUGUCGAGGUCUCUCUCAAGGGCGACAAAACCCUCUGAGGUCUCGGCCGCUCCUGCCCGUUUUGUGCCAUCGGUGACUUCUCCGAGCAGGCCCUUCACCACUCCGUCAGCUCCGGCGGCCGGCGCUGUUGCGGAGCAACCCCGCGCGUUCGGGGCCGGGCCGGGCGGCAGGAGCGGGGCGGCCCCGGGGCUGCCGGCAAGGAGCCGGAGCGGCGCUGCUCUCCGAGGGAAGGCGAGCGGCCACAGCGCAUCCCGCGGCACCAGAAGCAGGGCACGGACACUACGGGCUGCCGAGGACUCUCUCGGAGCGUGAGGGGAGGCGGGGUAGCGGGCCAGGCCCUACCAGGAGUCCCGACAGCCGGCGUAGGAAUGGGGAGCGGGCCCGCCCAGCCUGCAGCCUAGGGGAAAAGGAGGGGCCAGCCCGGGCUUAAAUGGAGCCCGGAGCAGGGGGCGUGGGUGAACUCGUUAAGGUCACCUGGGGCCUCUAUGAGAGCGGAUAAUGGGAAUGGAUUUGCUGUUGUGCUAAGUGUCCGGGCUCUCUGCCCCGGCAUGGAUUCAGCUCCCUUGACAGCAAAGAAAGGCUCGUGUUUACUUAAAAGCUUGUGUUUACUGGGCUGGUAAAGCGUGUGCACGGAGAUCUGUGCCUUUCCUAACUGUGGAUGAUUGUUAUAACUGACCUGUCCACUGGAGCUUUUAAGAACUAAACUACUGCCAAAUAACUUGUAUAAAUUGCAAGCUUAGUAAAAGAUUUGGAUGGAGUCUCAGUAUCUGAAGCAAUGCCUGGGAGAUUGCUUGAAGAAAGGACUGGCAGAGGUUGUAGAGCAUCGGCCAGCAGAUCCAAUAGAGUAUCUUGCACACUGGAUUUACAAAUACAGAAGAAACUUAGAUGAAGAAGAAAAGAGAAUACUGGAGAGAGCUGAGCUGGAAGAAGAACGGGUGGCAGCCCAAGCAGAACUUGAAAGGUUAAAAAUCGAGGAAGAGCAGCGGAAACUGGAAGAGCAACGGCAGGCUGAGUUGGAGAAAGAACUUGCAGAGUUGGAAGCACAGAAAAAGGAAGCUGAAAGGCAGUUGCAGCAGGCAAUAGCUGAAGUUACAGAUGAACCUGAGGAGCCAGAUGAGAGUGAACCUGGUCAAACAGACCUCCCAACAGUAAUAGAAGAAGAAGAAGAGGAAGAAGAAGAAGAAGAAAAUUAGAACUGACCUGAGAGCAGUACAUCUAUUUUCUACUCAUUACUUGCUAUCCUGAAGUGUAGUAUCUUGGUUUAUGUAUUUUAUAAAUAUAACUGAUUUAUGUAACUGUUUCUCUGGUGUGUGUUUUCAAGGUCUUUGUAUAAAGUCUGUUAUUUCUGAUACCUAUUCUUCCUUUUUGUUCUUAAAGCAUUGUAACUAGCGUGGCUGAUUUAUAGGAAGAAAAUUGCAGCUGAAGUGAAAGAAACAAAUACAUUUUCUACUUGUUGCAUAUUGAAGUAACCAUAAUAAAUAACAAUAUAACUAAAGUGUCAAUAUGAUUUGAGGAUAGAUGCUACAAUAUGAUAAUUUGAAUCAAUGUUAUAAAAGACUAAAAUAUUACUGAAAAUUAUUUUCAAGAAUUUGAAUGGUUUCUGGCAGAAAAAGGGAAUGAUCUGCAGAUUAAAAGAUGGAGAGAGUAUUCUGGACUUCAAACUUGGUGCAAAAAUCCAAUCACUAUUCCCAAAUGUAUUUGAAAGAGGAAAAUUUAACUCUGACUCAGUAGAUACUAGAAGAUCUUGUUUCCUAGAAGUCAUCUAGGUCUUUAU